UCCGUAUUUAUAUUAUGGUAUACUCCUCCUCCUCCUCCUUGGACAAGCCCUAUUCAAUCCUGUCAUCAUGGACUGCACUACCCCUGUAGCCUGUCUAAACUGCCGAGACAAGCAUCUGAAAUGUGAUGGCAAUCUGGCUGGGUGUACUCGAUGCCAGUCGCUUGGUCUUCCGUGCCACUUCAUUCCGUCUCGCCGUGGUCGCAAAUGUCGCCCAGCCUUGCCAGCUUCUUCCAUUUUAUCACUCGCCUCACCUAUACCAUCGAAGUCAAUGCCUGAGGUGAAUGAGCAGCAUCUACAACACCACGAACAGCCACAAUCACAUGAACAGGAUUUGCAGCAAUGCGCUUCGCUCCGGGGACGAGAACAAGGCUUGCAGUUGAUUUCCCUCUACUACCUCCACUUCCACCAGGCACAUCCUUUCCUGCCCCCAAUGGAAACUCUCCUAGAAUCCAAUCCCCCUUCUUACUUACUGGAUAUCAUCGAGUUUACCAGCCUACAUUAUUUAUCGCCUCAGUUUUUCCAUGACAGCAGCAAGAUACUACUUCUGGCGGUGCAGGCCGCCGAUUUGACAGUCGGAAAGACGCAGGCCUUCCUGCUUCUGGCCAUCGUACAGCACGGGCGACAGCAAGCCCACGAGGCCCGAUCUUGUCUCGGCCAGGCUCUUCAGUGUGCGCUGGAAUUGGGUCUGCACCGUCGCGAGGCUUCCGACGCGCUUAGCGUAGGCGCUCCCUUGAGAGCCGAGAGCCUCCGACGGACGUGGUGGGAGAUUUUUGUGGUUGAUGUACUACUCGCAGCUGUUCAGGCCGAUGGAUACCUCCAGUUUGAAAUGAGAGAAACGCCCCAAGUCCCCCUUCCCUGCGGACCCGAAGAGUAUCAGUCAGGCUGUAUUAUGAGUACUCUCCCGCCCACCCUCGGCGACAUGGAACACAAUAGUCUGUUUUGCGGAGAUUACGAGUUCUCUCCCUGUGCUUACCGGAUCGAAGCCGCCAUGAUGCUGCGGAAAUGCUUGCGCGCCGGCGAGUCGCAUAUCACUCAGGAGACGCUUGACGUACUCACCGCCGCCAUCACCGCUUGGUUCCAUCGAUUGCCAUCCAGUCAACGCCCCAUUCUUCAGUCGAAUGGUGUUCUGGAGGAGGUAAUGAUGCAGGCCGUGAUGCUGAUGCACUGCGCCAGUAUCUAUCUGCACUUCCCACGUUCCUGCCUUUCGGCCUUUCUUCCCAUCACCGGCCGGGUCCUUUGUUCGUCGCCGCCCGCACUCGUCACCACUUCCCGGGACCCUCAAUUGCACACCGCAAAAGUAGCGGAGAGUGCCGUCCAACUCUCCCGACUUGCGUCAUUGUCGCCCUCGGUCAUCAACCACAGCCCGUUCUUUGGUUGCACACUGGUGAUAAGCUCCGUGAUACACGUAGCACUCAUUCUCAGCGAUGGCCUGCAACCACCGGGGCCGAGGCAGCAGUAUUUGGCGCUGAAUUUGGGGGUCCUCAGAUCGAUGGGGGAGGCGUGGCCCAUUGCUGCAAGCGCGAUGCAACGAAUUCGUCAGGCUGUGAUUGAGGUUCACGCAGCAGUCUCGUGCGACACUCGUCCCCUGCUGGACGUUUUUUCUCCCUCCACGUGAGGUUUUGUCCACAAAGACGGGCCAUCUUGGCCCGAAUUCAGCGCUCUGUAUUUGUUCACCGAUCCUUGACGCAAAUAUUAUUUUGUUGAGGGUUCCUUGUGGGCAUCGCCUGUAGCACCCCACGCUAGGAAUCCUUCAAGACCGAGGCCAAGAUUUGCCACCUAAAGUAAUUUAUCUAU